CUCAGCGUCCACUGGUGGCACUGUUACCAUGGAAAUCCUCCCGGCUGGAGCAGUCUUGGAGGAGCAGGUUGAACCGGAGGACUCGCAACACAGUGGUAGAGAAGCAUUCCGGCACAGAAACUAUCGGAUGCUGAUUGUGAUUGGAGAGAUUCCAACAGAUUAUCACCUGGAAGCUGCUCGGAGACAGAUUGUACAAGGUUUGCUUUCCUGGAAUGUUGAUCUGUCCGUUUGUGACCUGAAUAAGGAGCUGCAGCUUUUUAAGACCAGACACACCGCUCAGUUUUCUCCUCAAGUCAAAGGUCAGAGAACUCUUCAGUACCAGAAUGAUGUCCUUCAGACUGUAGUGUUGGUGAACCCAUCAGAGGAAACCGUUUGUUUAGAGACAAGUUAUUUGAUUACUGACGCUGCUACUAAUAAGUUGCUCGUUCUGAGCGGCCUGAGUUCUGACCAGGGAGGUGACAUUCUUCUGGAAAGUGGAGCUUUCACUUGGCAACACUUUUCUGAUAUCAUCUCUAACCCUCAAGUCAUUGAAGUCCUGUCCAGGGCCUCCUCAGAGCUCCAAUCCAAGCUUACUGUUUCUUGCCAGGGAGACGGAGGCUGGAGCUCCCUGGGCCAAAGCCAGGAGCAGCAGCCACUCCUUAAUAGUCUUGAAUAUCGCUUAAACCCUGAGCCCCAUCUACCCAACAUGGAUGGAGUCACAGAGUUCACAGAAUAUGUCUCGGAAACAGUGGAUGUACCAUCACCUUUCGAGCUUCUGGAGCCACCAACCUCUGGUGGGUUUCUGAAGCUGUCCAAACCUUGCUGCUAUAUAUUUCCUGGAGGCAGGGGAGACUCUGCUCUUUUUGCCGUCAAUGGAUUCAACAUCCUUGUGGAUGGAGGGUCAGAGAGGAAGGCCUGCUUCUGGAAGUUAGUUCGACACCUAGAUAGGAUCGAUUCAGUCCUGCUCACUCACAUUGGAGCAGACAACCUGCCUGGAAUAAAUGGGUUGUUCCAAAGAAAGAUUGCAGAGCAGGAAGAAGAAAAGAACCAGGGGUGUGGUUCCAGUAGUAAUAGUGACUGGAUGAAGAACUUAAUUUCCCCUGAGCUUGGGAUUGUGUUUUUUAAUGUCCCUGAAAAGCUAAGGAUGCCAGAGUCUACAAUGAAGGUAAAGCGGAGCAUUGAAGAAGCAUCUCUCACAUUGCAAUACCUCAACAAGCUUGGCAUAACACCAGAGCCUCUUCACAGGGUAGUCAGCAACACCAUUGAACCAAUAACACUGUUCCACAAACUUGGUGUGGGAAAGCUUGAUAUGUACAUCUUGAACCCUGUAAAGGAAAGCAAAGAAAUGCAGUUUUUGAUGCAAAAAUGGGCAGGGAAUAGUAAAGCCAAGACAGGAAUCAUGAUGUCGAAUGGAAAGGAAGGAGAAAUUUCUGUCCCUUAUCUAACUUCGGUUACUGCUUUAAUUAUUUGGAUCCCACACCGACCCACAGAAAAGAUAGUGCGCGUUCUGUUUCCUGGAAAUGCACCGCAAAAUAAAAUCUUUGAGGGCCUUGAGAAGUUAAAACACCUGGAUUUCCUGCGAUACCCAGUGGCCACUCAGAAAGACAUAUCAUCUGGCGCACCACCCGCAAUCAUCAAGCAAACUAAAAUAAGGUCAAGAACAGACAGCAAAGAGAGUCUCAAAUCUUCCCCAAAACCUCAUGCUAAAGCUUCUAAGAAAGAAGCCAGUGGACAAGAGGAGGAGUCAAAAAGUGAAGCCACUAAAGACAAUAAAGUUGAGAAGAAAGAGGAGAAGAAACCCAAAAGUGACAGUUUAAAAGCCACCAAACAGCAAAAAAACAGUGAGGUGGCUCCUGGGGCCGAGAAGAUACCAAAAAAGAAAAUUUCCAAGGAAAAAUCUACAAAAAAAGAGAAAGCAUCUAAGAUGGAUGAAAAGAAAGACAAGGAGAAGAAGGAAACCAAAAAAGAAAAGGUAAAGAAAGAUGAGAAUAUAAGGAAGGAAGAGAAAAAGGAGAGCAAGGCAAAGGAUGACAAAAAGAAAGACCAAGGUAAACCGGAGCUGAGAAAAAUCACCAAGCCUGACCUGAAGCCGCUCACCCCUGAAGUGAGAAAAACUCUGCAUAAGGCCAAGGGUCUGGCUAAGCCGAAGUCUGACAAAAAUAAAGCUGUUAAAGAUGAAGCAAACGAGAAAAGGCCAGUUCCAAAGAACAUCACUGAAGAGGUCGCAGCAGCAGCUCUGGCUGAUAGGUCCAUCAUGUCCUCACCAGAAGACCUCACUGAGGACUUUGAGGCUCUAAAACAAGAGGAGAUUUCCAAACAGAAGACAGGGUUUGUCCAUAGUGAUGUAAUUCCAGUCAACUCAAAUACUAAAGUUUCUUCUCAAGCUGUGCCCGAUGAGAAAAUAAUGUCCACCAUGGAGGUUAAGCUUGUUGGAUCUGAAUCCCCUGUUACUCAAGAAGACAACAAAAGCAAUCAAGUUCUGGCUACUCAACAAAAAGAUGUGAGUCAUGGCUUUGACAAGUAUGAAGAGGAGAAAACAGAGAGAUGUGACUUUUUAAAAGAAACCGUGAGUGACAGAUCCAAGAAAAGUGAGAGCUCAGAGGAGGAGGGUGAUGUGAUUGAGAAAGCUGAACUAGAAGGGACAGAAGAUGAUGAGGUCAUGAAAAUAAAAACAGAGGAGGUGAAAAAGGAGUGGGACACCAAACCAGCUGAGCAAAAAACAGCCACUGCACCUCUACCAGUCUCUGCCUCUGAACAGUUUUCCUUCAUCCAAGAUGAGACCAUCCCUGGAUACUCAGAGACAGAGCAGACAAUUUCUGAUGAGGAGAUUCACGAGGAACCUGAAGACAAGAUCCCACAGCUGCGUUACGAUGUGGGUUCCUAUGAAAUUUCUGUUCCAGAUGUUCCAGGUACAUUUGAAUCCAUGCACGGGAUUAAAGAGAUGAAGAGUUCUGUAGUUUGUGGUGCUCCAGAUGUCAAACCUAAAGCUAUUGUGGGAAGUCAGGAGCCUGAGCUUGCACCAUAUCCUGCCAUCAUUGCUGCUCCUCUUGCAGAAGAGGAGCAUAUCUCUUCUGCAACAUCUAUCACAGACUAUGACAGACUAUCAUCUUUUGCUACCUCUGUGGCUGAGGACCAAUCAAUUGCCUCUGUUACGGCACCUCAGACAGAAGACAUCGGGAGGAAUUCCCUCUUGUUGGAAACCAUGAACAGUGCUCCAUCACGUGCGGAGGCUGCCCAAGGGAAAGACUAUCUCCAUUCAGCAGGUACCAUAUCUCCCACCUCCUCCCUGGAGGAUGACAAGUGCUUUAAAUCUCCGUCCUCUGAUGAAUAUCAACCCAACAUUCCAGAGAUAGAUAGUGAUGCAAAGACCAAAACAGUCCAUGAAGAAGAAGAUGAUGAGGAAGAUGAGGAUGAAGACCAAACUCCAAAUGUUGACAUUCCCCUGGGAAAACUUCAAGAGGGCUAUGAACAAGCUACCUCCUUGAUGCACCAAGAAUUACUGAAAUCUCCCUCCACUGGCAUUCCUUCACAGCCUGUCAAGGAAGACCAGACUCUAAUUGGUGCAGAAGAAUUCAAGACCACUGCUGAUGUAAAAACUAUCUCACCCCCUCCAUCUUUCUCUCCUGGGCUAGAGUCCAGGUCCAGGCAGGACAGUGAGGAGAGAUGCUUUAGUCCUGAUGAUAGUACCAUGAAAUUGGCCUCACCCACACAGUCAGUGCCCACAAGCAGUGGCUACUCUCCAACAGAAGAAAAGGUUUUAAAAGCAGAAGAAAAAGAUGAGGGACUGACGACUGCUAAGGCUGAAAUACAUAAAACUGACAGAUCGGUUACCAUCUCAGAUAAUACCUCCUUUAUUGGCUUGCCAGGUGACAAAACAGCUUUCGAAGCAUCUGAGGAAUCAGAUGAGGACAGUGAGGAUGACUAUUACACCAAAAAGGAGUUAAAGCCUGUUUUAAAAGCUAAACUCAUGGAAGCAAAAGAGGGUUGCUUUUUAGAUGAUGACUUUGAAGGGAAAUGUGCAAAGACAGAACCGGGAGCUCAGAGUUCAGACAAGAUACAAGUGUCCAUUAGCACUAUGGAAAAAACCAAACCAAAAGUGAUGUUUUCUGAUGAAGACGAUGAAGACGAUGAAAAGGAUGGCGGCUCUAAAAUCCUUUCAGAUGAAAAAGACCAAGUGGAGAAAACUGAUAUUACCAUCACAGAGUCAGAGAAAAGUGUCCAUUUCAGUCUUUAUGAAUGUCCAGAGAAAGAGAGCCGAGAGAGGGCAGUGUAUACAAGACAGGACACACCAUAUGUCCAUGGCAAAACAUUCUCUUAUGGUGAUAUUUAUGACAGCAAAACAAGCUCGGAGGAGUCUGAUUUGUAUCGAGAAGAGUCUCAAGAUAAGGUAGAGCAAGUAUCUUCAAAGACUGAAGCAGAUUUGCACAAAGAUGAAUCUCCAUCACAAGACAUGUUAUCGGACAAGGUGUUAGAAAAAGAAGUAAAAGAGUAUUCCACCUCUGAUUGGAUUGAGUCUAAGAGUACAUCAGCCACAGAUCAACUUGAAAAAGAGGUGAAAGAAAAAGAAACAUUUGUUUAUAGUCAGACUAGUCGUUUCCCUUCAGUGGCUGACAGACCUGAAGCUUCAACCACUUGUUUAAAGUCAGAAGAGGAUCAUGCUCCCAUCACAAAGCCCCCGACUUUCACCUCAGUCACAUCCGGCUACAGCGAGAAAAGUGCAUGUUUAGAGAUUGAUAUGCGGAAAUUUACAGCAAGGGAUGAAGAGGAUUAUGAUGAUGAUGAAGUUCUUGAUGACGAUGAGGAGGAGGAAGAGGAGGAUGAAGAUGCAAUUGAUUCUGACACUGAGAAAGGUGCCAAAGAGAAAUCUGAGAAAGAAGCAAAAAGUCCAGUUAGUGAAAUGCUAGCCUCAAACCGACCUGAAUUCAUCGUUUCUAUGGCGGGAUACAGUUACAACAGUCAAGUAAAGCCAAGCAUUACAGAAACCAGUUCAAGUUCAGGAACCAAGGCUGAAGAUGAAGCCCAGGCUGAGUUCUCCUGUGUCAAUGGAAAACCAGUUCAUGCAGGAGCUACCAGUUUGUCUAGCUACUCCUCAGGUUUUGAAGAUUCGUACAAGAAAGACUUGUUUAUGUCAAGUCAGAGUGGAGACAAAGAUAAAAUAGAUUCUCCUUUUAAAUCAAGUGAGGAUGGCUACUAUCGAAGCCAAAAAGACAGCAUUGAAUUUGAGAAACAAAAGACACCAGAUAUUCUGAGUAAGAGCUCAUUGGAAACAAACUUUCAGUACACAACCACAGCUGCUGCCCCGGGCUACUCAUCUUCUUCAGCAUACAGCUACUCAUCCUCCACCUCAGGCUCACUAUCCACUAGCCGACAGUUUGGAGAGGAGCUAGAGACACCUGCGUCUGCCGAGCCUCCCUUUGAGUAUUCCUCAUUUAAAGAUGAACACUCGCUUGUCAUGGAUUCUCCUUUCUCCAGCUCAGCUGGCGCUAAAGAUGAUUAUCUUGAAGUCUCUGAGAAGCAAAUCACUGUAACAACCACGGCAGAGUCCAGCUCGAGUUUAGCUCGCUUCUCACCCCUCAGUCCUUUUGAGGAGGUCAAAUCCUUUCCAGCUGUCUCAUCUGCAACUACAACUCAAGAGAAGGAACAUGGAGCUCCGAUAGGUGGAGUUUCUGAUAAAGCACCUCGAUCGGACUGCUUCUAUAAGCCUGAAUGGCCUGAGGAUACAAAGCUGGACACAGCUGCUGGGUUUGGGGCCUCUGUGGGUCCUUUCGCAGACUUCUCAAUGAAUAAAGAGGCAGCCAGUGCUGCUUUGUUUGGCGUAACUUCCUCUCCUCGACCUGACAUUGAAGGCAAACAUUACUUUGAGGAGACUGAUAGCAGUGAGGAGGAGGAUGAGGAGGCAUAUCUGCGUAAAAUGACCCAGAAGUCUCCUUCCACUGGUCCUACAAGUAGCCUUCCAUUUUGUGAUAAGCCAUUGGCUGCAGCCUUCAGUGGAAAGACAAGUGAUGCACGUCCAGAUUCUCUUGGCUCUUACAUGUCGACACCACUUCAGACCACUAAGUCAGACACAACAAAUGGCCCGACAGAGGUAUGCACAAGUAGUACCCUUCCUUCUGCGGUAACGACAGGUGGAGCACUUUCAGCAUCAGCUAAAUUGGAGUCCAAAGAGGGAGCAGCAGGUUACAUUCGGAGUUCCUAUGAGUGGGAAAUGCCUAAGCCUCAAAUGGGGAUGGUGCCUGGAGACUCCCCUCCUCAUUACCGCCAUGAUGAUGAGUUUGAGGAGGAAUGUGAGAUGGAGCCAGAGCACCCCCCUCGCCCACUUUCCCUUGCCUCUGCUGAUCAGCAGUUUCGCUCACCAUUCUUUGCAGAAGAGUGUAGCCGAGGUGAGCAGGAUGAUGAUGAUGAUGAUGAUGACAGUGAUCAAGACCUACCCAUAGGAGCAACCUCUUCUUACACCAGCCGCACCUCCCCUGGAUACUCAUCUUCUGAAUUCAGGCAGCGUAAAGAAGACUUGUCGCCAUCCUUCAUCAACCCCUGCAUGAGGCAGUUUUCUAGUGACGAGCAUGACAAAGAGGAAGGCCACAGAAGUGAUCAGUCACAGGAGGGAGAAGAACACGACCUAUCAGUCAAGAAGAGAGCUCACAAACAACCCCAUGUUCAACACACUCAUUGCAGAGACAGCAGCACUCUGUACCAGGCUGGUGGUAUGUCUGCAGGGCUGUGUCUGGCCACAGAGGACACCCCGCCUACCUCUGUCAGCGAGUCUCUACCCUCUCAGUCAGAGUCAGAUCUGCAUCCUGGUACUGAAGAGUACCCCUCAGUUGUUGGUGAAGGCAACAUGGACUCAGACGAGGAUGGAGAAUAUAUGCCGAUUGAUAAAUCUGCUACCGGUCGAAGUAGCCAUCAUUCUGCUUCCAGGAGUAGCCAUGACCCUCCUCCUGCACCAGUAUUGGACCCACAUCCUCACCCUCCACACCCAGAUGUCUGCAUGGUGGAUCCUGACACUUUAGCUAAUGGUUCUCUGAAGAAGGAACCAAAAGCAAAAAGCCUAAAAAAAUCUUCAGGAAAAACAAAAUCAGCAUCUCCUGCCAGGCGUAGGAGGUCUCCCAUGCCUGUAAAACAGACCUCACCACGGAGCGCCUCUCUGAAGAAAAAGGACACCGACAAGAGCUCACGUAUGUCUCGUCUGUCGGACGGACAAGGCUCAAAAGACGAUGACCUCUCCAGAUCCAGCUAUAACGUUGGCAAAGGGCUGACAAAUGGUGUCAAAACCAGCUCAGGUGAGCAAAUGCAAAGUAAAAUGUAAAAAGGCUGCAUCAGU